AUGCUGCAACAACAGUAUAAGCAAUUGCAAAGGCAGCUAAGAAGAUUACCACUACCUCAGAAAAUAAUCAAGCAUGGUUCGACUGUUUUAAAGCAUAGAUUUAAGUUGGGCAAGACCAAAAAUUUUGAGACUAUAUUCACUCAACUUUUAGACCACGAACAGUAUCAUAAAUACAUUCCAAAUUUACUAGAUGCUAUAUAUAAGGAUAGUAAGCCAAAGUGGUAUAGAGAUUUUAAUAAUAUUCCAUAUAUCAGAGUUAAGGAGCACUGGCCAACUGUUCACAUAAUGGAUGAAAUUGCUAAUUCAAAGACUAAAAAAAUUUACCACGAAAAAUUACUGUCUGAUUUCAAAGUCAGUGACUAUGUCAAGGGUAAUGAUAAAUCUAGAAACGCAUUUCCAUUGAUUCGAAAGUAUGGGGAACAAGUGAAGUCUAUACCAAAACUUAUCGAAGAAGUUGAAAAAGCGUACACUUUUAUUGUGCAUAGUCCAAGAAUUGGUUUAACUAAACAUCCUUUUGAUGUGAGACAUUUGCCUUCAAAAUUAGGGAUACCUCAACAUCCAGUAGGACUUGAUAUGAAAUUAAAAGAAACGGUCAGCAUAUAA